UUCAUAGCUAGGGCCAGCACAAAAUGGAGAAUUGGGAGAACAAAGUGGGAACCUAAGAGGACUCCAGAAACAAAUUACUCCUAAAGCACCCCGAAGCAACGUCUGAGGUAUCACUUAUUUCUUCUCUCUCCAAGGCCUAGAGCUGGGUAGGCUGAGCAGGGUGGACCUCGCACAGGUUGCUGUGCUGGCAGGUGCCAGGCACCAUGCAGCACCUCACAAUGCUGCUGAGAUUAGGCCUGCCCAUCAGAGAGGUGCGUAUGGGGGUCCAGAAGUCCUCCUUCCCCAAUAAUAAGACACCCGGGAUUCAUCCCCCACCUCUGCCUGGGGGAUUUCAAGGCCACAUCCUCCACGAGGGCACACACUUACCAGGGAGGAGCAAAUGAUUUCUACCACUGGUCUCAAAGCUUAGGCUUUGUUUUCCAAGAUACCUUUAAAUCAGCCACCUGAAAGCCCCUGUGAUGCUGCUGCAGGUUAGCUGUUACACUGUGGAAUAGCACCGGGACAACGGGCACAUUGUGACCUCUGCAAGCAUCCUGCAUUAGCCUUGAGACACCAGCAUAGAGGCAUGCAGCGCUUCGCAAAUCCGCUCCUCCGGCAUGUACUUCCCAGGAGCUGUUCUGAUGCUGCUCAAAAGCAGCAGUGCCUGAAGUAUUUAAGAUCUCUGAGGACACUGCAGUUCAAUGGCUUCAACGCUGGUUUUCUAGGGGAAACAGGUAUUCCAGAGAGUCUUAUAACAGGAGAAAAAUCAUCUGAGGAAGCCGACCUGCGUUGGCCGAUAUGGACACUUGUUCACACUGGCAGCUGCCAAGGGUGGGUGCUCUGGCAGUACAAACUUCUAUUAAGAGGUGAUCUGCCCACCCAUCAGCAGAAUGGGGCUUUUCAGGAGUUGUGUGAGUCUCUGACUACAUCCCAUGGAAAGUGUGUAAUUGUGACGAGGGAUAAAACACAGCUGAGGCGUGUGGGGGCAAAAGAUGGCAAGGAGACGGAGAUGGAAACUCUGCCACCAGCCCUACCAGCAAUCCACAUAGUCAGCAUUAAGUGUCGCCCUGAAGCUGCUAGAGCCAAUGGCCAUGAGCUUCGUGCCUGGUCUUCUUUGAAGUGGUUUAUUAUGAACAACAGGAAUAACUUUUCUCUGAGGUCUAUUGAGAGGACCCCCUCCUAUAGGUGUAUCCUCCUGAGUGAUUUGAUUGUUAAAGGACUAGAGAACAUGACCCCAGACAAAUGGAACGCGGCGUUUAACAGAGUGAAGAGAUGGGAGAACUACUGCCUUGGUACACUUUCUUAAAUGGUUCUUCCUGCAGUCAGGCUUCAGAUGUGUUUUGAUUAGCGUUGAAUGAGCUAUCCUGCUCCAGCCCUGCCAACCUCUUUCCUUCAAAGAGUGUAAAAACCUAACAGACCACAUGUCAAUAGCACUAAUAAAAGAUUUAAAUGCA